AUGAGUACUGCUCAUAUCUUUGUUCCCGUUUGGUAUAUAGCAGGAUUGGUAUAUGUACUCGUAGGAUAUAUUGAUUCAACAACUAGAAAUAGUAGGCCAAGUUACAAUGAAUCUGCCGAAGUCCGGGUCAAAGGAACCUUUACUCAGAUCAACUCACUUACCUCCUUUCACCGAUCCAAUCGGUCAAGGCACCGCUAUAGCAUGAUGAACCGUGCAGUAACAAUUGGCUUAAUUGGUAGAGCGUCAGAUUCCAAAUCUGAAGGUCAAGAGUUCAAUUCUCUUACUCCUCACUUUUGUACUUUUAACCUUUAUGGUGUUUGUAGCUUCAGUGGGCUGUGA